CGGUGGCGGCCAUUUUGACUGUGGGCAGCCAGGGGACGCCGCGCCUGCGCAAUGGUUCUCCUCUGACUGCUGUGGCGUCGGUGUCCCAGAGCCCCGGGGCUGGUGGUGGUCCACGGUGGCAGAGAUGACCCAAGCCGAGAAGGGGGACGCGGAGAACGGGAAGGAGAAGGGCGGGGAGAAGGAGAAGGAGCAGCGCGGCGUGAAGCGGCCCAUCGUACCCGCGUUGGUCCCCGAGUCGCUGCAGGAGCAAAUCCAGAGCAACUUCAUUGUUGUCAUACACCCAGGUUCAACAACUCUAAGACUUGGCCGAGCCACAGAUACACUUCCGGUCAGUGUUCCUCACGUCAUUGCACGAAGACACAAACAACAAGGGCAGCCCCUGUACAAGGACAACUGGCUCCUAAGGGAAGGACUAAAUAAACCUGAAAGUAAUGAACAAAGACAAAAUGGCCUUAAAAUGGUGGACCAGGCAAUAUGGUCUAAAAAGAUGUCAAACGGUACAAGGCGGAUCCCUGUGUCACCAGAACAGACACGCUCCUACAACAAGCAGAUGCGACCUGCCAUUCUAGAUCACUGUUCUGGAAACAAAUGGACAAACACAUCUCAGCAGCCUGAGUAUUUGGUAGGAGAAGAGGCCUUGUAUGUUAACCCCCUGGACUGUUACAACAUUCACUGGCCUAUCAGAAGGGGUCAGCUGAACAUCCACCCAGGCCCCGGAGGCUCCCUCACAGCUGUUCUGGCAGACAUUGAAGUGAUCUGGUCUCAUGCAAUACAAAAGUAUUUGGAAAUCCCACUGAAAGAUUUAAAGUAUUACAGGUGCAUCUUGUUAAUUCCAGAUAUCUAUAACAAGCAGCAUGUGAAAGAGCUGGUCCAUAUGAUACUGAUGAAGAUGGGCUUCGCAGGGAUUGUGGUCCAUCAGGAGUCUGUGUGCGCUACGUUUGGGAGCGGCUUGAGCAGCACCUGUGUUGUAGAUGUUGGGGACCAGAAAACAAGUGUGUGCUGUGUAGAGGAUGGGGUGUCUCAUCGGAACACACGGCUUUGUCUGGCCUAUGGGGGCUCUGACGUGUCGAGGUGUUUUUACUGGCUCAUGCAGCGAGCGGGAUUCCCUUACAGAGAGUGUCAGCUGACAAAUAAAAUGGAUUGCCUCCUCUUGCAGCACCUUAAAGAAACCUUUUGUCAUUUAGAUCAGGAUAUCUCCGGACUUCAGGACCAUGAGUUUCAGAUUCGGCAUCCGGAUUCCCCUGCCCUGCUUUACCAGUUUCGAUUAGGAGAUGAAAAGCUCCAGGCUCCAAUGGCGCUUUUUUACCCAGCAACCUUUGGGAUCGUGGGACAGAAGAUGACCACUCUGCAGCACAGGUCCCAGGGAGACCCUGAGGAUCCCCAUGAUGAGCACUACCUGCUGGCCACCCAGAGCAAGCAAGAACAGUCUGCAAAAGCCACUGCUGACCGCAAGUCUGCAUCCAAACCCAUUGGAUUUGAAGGGGAUCUGCGUGGCCAGUCCUCUGAUCUUCCAGAAAGACUCCAUUCCCAGGAGGUGGACCUGGCUUCUUCUCAGGGAGACUGUUUGAUGGCGGGCAAUGAGUCCGAGGAAGCCCUCACUGCACUGAUGUCCAGGAAAACUGCAAUCUCGCUGUUUGAGGGGAAAGCCUUGGGCCUUGAUAAGGCCAUCCUGCACAGCGUAGACUGUUGCUCAUCUGAUGAUACCAAAAAGAAGAUGUAUAGCUCUAUCCUGGUUGUGGGAGGCGGUUUGAUGUUUCAUAAGGCUCAAGAGUUUCUCCAGCACAGAAUUCUCAACAAAAUGCCGCCUUCAUUCAGGCGAAUUAUUGAAAACGUGGAUGUGAUCACAAGGCCCAAGGACAUGGACCCCCGGCUGAUCGCAUGGAAAGGAGGUGCAGUACUGGCGUGUUUGGACACCACUCAGGAACUGUGGAUUUAUCAGCGAGAGUGGCAACGCUUUGGUGUCCGAAUGUUACGGGAACGAGCUGCCUUUGUGUGGUGAAAACCACAACCGAGUCUCAGGACAUAAAAGACUUAAAGAGUUCGGGCUUACCCUGUCCCUGAUGGGAAACCUUGCUGUCCAGCCUUCCAUCCUGAUGAACGUGUCAUGUAGCCCUGAGGGGUGACCACUGGAACCAGCUGUGGCAUCUUCUCUUUUUUUCUAGCAAUAGUUAGGAGCUAAAGCGGUCAGGCUGGGUUCUGUGUACAUCACACAAGGUCCUCUUGGAGUUAAGCACUGUCUUUGUAACACAUACACACGUCAGGGAGCAGGAGGUCAGGGAGCACUCCUGGGGGCCACAGCACAAGGCAGGCAGGGUAGGUAGAGCAGAAUUGUUUAGCUGGCUGUUAGGCAUCUGCUCCUACCGUGUCUGUCACCAGGCUUGUCCUGGGGAGGACUGGGAGGCAGGUAACAGUGGGUCAGAUGAGCCGCGGGAUCACCAUGGACUGUAGCAGUCUCGGGUGCACAGCCCUGCUGGCGCUGUAAGAGUAACCAGCUAAAGCAGCUUCGAGCAAGCGGGGCAUACUAUUUGGAGAUGUACUUCCUCAUUUGAAAAUUACCUGCUUUUUAUGUUUUGGAUCAAAUGUAUAGGAUAUGCUUUUAUGUUUCUGGGCUGAUUGGACAGUUGACACUCAUCCCUGCGCUCCCCGAAGCACAGUGCGCCUGUUGUGACCAUUCCGCACAUGAAGGUCACUUACAGUGGUAGGUGUUGAUGUGGAGGAAGUUGGUUUGUGGUCCAAGUUUUGGCACAAGCUAUAUCCAUCUGUUAGCAGCACUUUUACAAGCUUCUGGCAACUGUCUUCCCAAAUAGCCGAGCCUUGCCACGCCUGCACUGCCUCUGACAUCAUACACUGGAUGUGACGCUCGUGUGCCACGCCUGCACUGCCUCCACCUUAUCAGAGUAUUUGCUGAUGAAGUUGGCUGCAGGGUUUUUAUUUUAUUUGUAAGACUUGUGCUAGAGUGAAUGAAUCCCUUUUACAUUGGCUCUUUAGCACACUUUUUGUAUUGCUGUGGAUUGAAACCAGGACCUUGUACAUGAUGUACAAAUGCUCGAACAUGACCUUUUUUUUUUUUGAAACAGAGUCUUUCCCCAGAACCCACGGCUCUGUUUGCUUCCUUCCAGUGCACUGCAACUUAAAAUGUGUGCCCCAGGGAACUGGAGAGGCAGCUCAGUGAGGAAGGCCACUCGCUGCUCUUCUGGAAGAUCUGGGGUUCAGGUCCCAGCGCAGGUCAGGCCGCUCCCAACCAUCUGUAGCUCCAGCCCUAAGGCAUCUGAGGCCUUUGGCCUCUUGUGAGUCAUACUUCUGAGUGGAUAGAUACUCUUGUGAGUGGAUACUCACAUGCACAUACCCAUUGCAGAUACACACACACACCCCUAAGACAUAAUUAAAAAUACAUAGUUUUUAAAAGUGUUUGCUACUUACCGGAUCAAUUACAAACUUGCUUUUGUUUUGUUUUUUGUUUUUUAAACAAGGUUUCUCAGUUAUGUAGCCCUGGCUGUCCUGGAACUUACUGUGUAGACCAGGCUGGCCUCGAACUCAAGAGAUUUGCCUGCUUCUGCCUCGGAGCCCUAGGAUUAAAGGGGUGUCCAACAUGCCAGACCUUCAGGUACAGAUAUCAAAGCAGUCAACUACCUGAAACAGGGUCCCAUUUCAAAAUAGAUUGAUCGUGCGUUAUGAAGCCAUACUAGACAAAUACUUAUGAUAAUAUACAUUGCUGUAGUUUCUACAUUAAGAAAAAGCUGCUUUGAGAACGUAAGGAGCUAGAAGAUUCAAGACCUAGCAAGGCUGUAUACUGUUCCUGCUUGUUCUGGUUGGGGGUUUAUUUUAGAUUUAAAUUAAGAUUUAUUUACAUUGGGGUAUAGCUAGAUAGCGAAUCAGUUAAGAGCAUUUGUUCUUGCAGGAGACUGGGAUUGGAUUCCCAGAGUCCACAUGGUGGCUCACAUCUGUUCCUAAUUCCAGUUCCAGGGCAUCCGGCACCCUCGCCUGACCUCAGGCACCAAGCACAUGUGGUACACAGACAUACAUGCAAGCAAAGUCCUGCUGUAUAUAAAAUGUCUUUGUAAAAUGCAUGGAGAGUGGCCUGGGAAGCCAGAGAGGGUUAUCAGAUCCCUUUGACACUGGAGUUAAGGUGGCUAUAAACAGCUAUGUGGUUGCUGGAAACCGAACCAAGUCCUCUGGAAGAGCAGCCAGCGCUCUAAGCCUCGGAGCCACCUCUCCAGUUCUUGGUGGGUUUUUAUUUACGCAA